AUGUCUCCUCUAUCCGUCGAUGCCGCCUCGCUUCCUUCCCCGACCGCUUCUGACACUGGCGAUGAGAGCCGUUUUGACUUCCGUCUGCCUCUGCAAACUCCUAUAGGCGUGUGCGAACGCAAGCUAGGGGAUAAUGAAACUUCAUACUUUCUGCCCAGUCGGAGUAAUGGCGUGAACGACAUGUACCUUCAUCUCGGCUUCAAGGCCCCGCAUCGCCUAGUACAGCGUGAGCGCGUCUCGGUGAUUUGGGCCCUUCUACGGCUUCAGCACCCGUUACUGGCGUCCCACAUCCGCAUGCAUAGCUACGAUGACAUCCGUUUCGUGUACCGACCACCCGGUUCGCCGGAUGCAGCGCUUCGUGACGCAGAACAACAGCUCGAGUGGAAGUAUGAAACGAAAGAGGAACUGAUGGAGGCCUACUUGAACGGUCCGAGGACCUUGUCCGCCACCCGUCUGUCUUAUCUGAUCAUCUCGCGUACUCCGUCGUCGGAUCCCUACCCAUCACCUCCGCAAACCCCGACCGUCCCCGUUAAUUUAGCAGCCUUGCAGUCCCAGCUGGUCCAAGAAGAGACUGAGGUGCAUGAUUUCUCAUUCUUUCUUGCAGCAGUUCAUUCCAUUGGCGACGGUAUGGCACUGCAUGCAUUGGCCAACGACUUCUUCUGCCUGCUCGGGGGCUCCAUGUCGGUCCCAGAACUGCAUGGUUUGCUCGUCACUGAGUGGGAGAAACGAUGCAAUACGCCCCUAUCCGAUAAACUCACAGCACUGCCCCCGAGCUACGAGGAAAGCCUACCGGUAGCAACGAGUGCAUUCCGUCGGGCGGUCGGACGCGUGGAUUUCGAGGCCGCCCAGAACAAGCAGAUAGGAGGGCAGGCGUUCCCUCGGCGCAAGGACCCCGUCCGGCACACUGUGGUGCCCACUCUCGCGUUCGAUCAGGAUGUCACUAAACGUAUGCUCAAAAACUGCAAAGCCAACGGUGUCUCGAUUGCGGGCGCCCUCUUCGCCGUUUGUAAUAUGGCCUGGGCCAGGAUGACUAGCCGUGAGCAGCAAAGGCUUCCUAUGAUGACCUAUGCUGCGAUGAACGUCCGCCCGUGCCUUGUUCCCCGGCCAAUGAACGAUUCCUACUUCUUCCUCAGCGUGGGAUACUUCAACGUCACAUUGCCCGCUUUUCUUCCCUCCAACAUGGCCGACGGCGUUUUUUGGCAUCGUGCGCGUUCCGCAAAGAGCCAAAUAACGCAGGCAGCGAAGACACCCAUGUUAGCAUCUCGCUGCCAUCACAUGUCCAUUCAGCGCGGACGUCAAAGUCGUGCUUGGGCGGCGGAAGAUGAUCAGAAGGUGGCUGGAAUCUGGACCCCACCGCCUACACCCACUGUAGCCGCGUCUGCCCCGACGACGAAGCCUCCUUCCUCGGCGUUGCUCGGGCUUUCCAUGCUCGGCAAUCUUGACGCCAUGUACAAGCAUAGGGAGUUCCCAGAUAUCCAGAUGCACACACUUACGACUGGAUCCAGGCAGCGUAGUGGUGCAAUGUUACUCUUCGGGUACACAUUCGCCGGCCGGCUUUGGGUGAGCUUGGGAUACGACGAGAAAGGGUACGAGGACAAGCCUGUGUCUAUCUUUUGGCAGAAUAUGCUUGACACUAUGAACGAAUUUCUCGCUUAG